AUGUCAUUACCACCGUUAGAUGAAUUGCAAUGGAAAUCCCCAGAAUGGAUCCAAACGUUUGGGCUACAUACUGACAAUGUGCUAGACUACUUUAGCGAGUCACCAUUUUUUGACAAGACUUCAAACAACCAAGUGGUCAAGAUGCAGCAACAAUUCUCACAGCAGAGUCAGGUUCCAGGUAGUAUGCCCUUGGGAAGUAGCAGCGGCAUUGGCGCUGCUGCUGGUGCUGGUACAGUAUCUCCUUCUGAUCGUAGUUUGAUAUGGGAACGUUAUCCAGUACAUGCAAUGCUCGAAAAGGAAUUAAUGAAGAUGAAAGGAAUUGAGUACAUAUUAGUUCUAGUACGGGAACCAGACCUUUGGAUAAUUAGAAAACAGCAACGAGAUGGGCCUACCAAGACGACAACACUCCGAGACUACUAUGUUAUUGGUUCGGCAGUGUACCAAUCACCAACUGUGUACAAGAUUAUUCAGAAUCGAUUGCUGAGUACCAAUUAUCACCUUUCGCAUUCAUUAUCACAACUUAACAAAUUAGUGGAAUUUCACCCAGCACAAGGUGCCUCGUUUCUACGACCUGAAGAUCCAUUGUGUAGUUCAGUUGCUGCUGCUACUACCAGUGGAUCUACUGCGAGCCAUACCGUGGCAAGCUCAGUUUCUGUGCCAGAAACUGGACCAAUAAAUGCAGAGACAUCUGGUGCCACUGCCGCCGCUACAUCGAUCGAUCCUGAUCGCCGUCAAGAUUCUUUCAAUACAGAAAUCAUGGAUAAACUAAUGGCAACUAGUAUCAAGGCUAAUCCAGUAUACAUUUAA